AUGUCUGAAGCGUACAAACCAAAGCCAAAAAUCUCUGCAUCUCGCAGGCUGUUCUUGAAGACAAAACUGCUAAAGAAGGCCAUGACUAUGUUGGAGAACGAAAAACAAUUCAAAAAAGAUGAACGAGAGAGGAUCCUUGCUGAGAGAGUGCCAGACCUCCAAAUAUCCGGUCUGUCUUUACAGGACCUACAGAAUUUUUGCAAGCAGCUACAUCAGAAGAUUGACGUGGUUGAUGAGGAGCGCUAUGAUAUUGCUCUUAAGGUGACGAAAAAUGACAAGGAGAUACAGGAUCUGUCUCAAAAGAUCUUUGAGUUGAAAGGCAAGAUGAAGAGACCUAAUCUGAGGAGGGUGAGGGUGUCUGCUGACGCAAUGCUGGGAGCUCUGCUGGGCUCCAAGGUCAAAGAGUCUGUGGACUUCAAGGCCAACCUCAAGACUGUGAAGAAAGAGGAGGAGAAGAAAGAGGAAGUGACUGACUGGCGUAAGAACGUGGAUGCCAUGUCUGGUAUGGAGGGCAGAAAGAAGCUGUUCAAUGCUGGACAAUAG